CCGAUAGAGAGUAUAUUUGAUUCCAUACAAAAAGUUGCGUGUUUAUGUUUAUGAACGGAGCGGAAUCGGGUAAAAAAAAACAACAACGUUGUAUAUCGCAUUUCUUUAUGGUCAUAUGCUAGCUGUCGCACUCUAGUACAGGUGGGCAGAAUUGACUUUGAAAAUUAAGCUAAGAAAUUUUUAGUCUACUGUCAGCAGUCGAGAACAUCGCGCGCCUCACUCAACUGUCUGAAUUAGAGAAAAUAAAAUUUUUUAAAUACAAAUAUUAUAUUGGAUACAGUGUAAUAUAAUUGCAAAAAAGUUUUUAAAACAAUAAAGAGUUUGUAGAAUAAAAAAAUAAAAAAAAAAUAAAAUUAAAUAAAUUUGAAUUGCUAAAUGAAAACAAUAUUUAAUUGAUGUGAUCGUCGUGAAUGUAUAAGUUUAAUGAAUUAUACGUUAAACGAAUUUAUAGAAUUAUACUAAUUGAGAGAAAAAAAAAGUUUUUUUUCUGGUAUUUCGGCAAAGCUUUUGGGAACAUUUAACACAAAAAAGAAGAAGAAAAAUAAGAAAAAUAAAUUUGCAUUAAAAGUAGUUACAAUUUGAAUCUAGUGUGUGGAUUUAAUAAACAAAACAGAGUUUUAUAACGAAACAUAUUUAUAUUGUACGUAAACUGUUUUUUUUUUGUUUUUGUUGUACAUCAUCGUGUUAUAGUGUUAUAGUUCAAAGUAUUAAAAACUGUGUUACCUUUUUUCAUUAUAUUUUGGAUUUCCGCAUUAAUAUAGAUAGAGAAAAGAAUCGGCACAUGGUGUUCGGUUCAUCAACGAUACCAAAAAAUCCAUCACCAUUUCGUCGACUGCAAUUAAACGCAGGCCAGCGCUGCCUAUAACGCCAGCGAGUGCCCCUCAAGUUUUAUCACCGAAACGACUGUGUGCAACAUCACAGUUUCCGGCAUCAUCACAGAUUAUAUCGAUAUUGCCGCAUUUUAUCAAUUCGGACACAGCAAACGCUAUUAAUAAUCACAAUUUGUCAUUGAACAAUCACCAUCAUACGCAAAAUUUAUUAUUGAAUAAUACCAGUGCUGCUCCAGCUGUUAUAUCCACAUCGACGAUAUCAACAAAUACGACAAACGGUCCUGUCGCCACAGCGAAUAUAAUGGACAAUUCAAUGGGUCAAAUGACGCCAAUGGCAAAUAAUGCAUUGGUCUUGUCACAGAGCAUGGAUUCGGUGAAUACAGCUAGCAAUGAGGAAGAGGUUCGCACAUUAUUUGUCAGCGGCCUACCGAUGGAUGCGAAGCCACGGGAACUGUAUUUGUUAUUUAGAGCCUAUGAGGGAUACGAAGGAUCUCUGUUAAAAGUGACUAGCAAAAAUGGAAAAACGGCAUCGCCGGUGGGUUUUGUCACAUUUCAUACCAGAGCUGGUGCCGAAGCAGCCAAGCAAGAUUUACAACAGGGUGUUCGCUUCGAUCCUGAUAUGCCCCAAACUAUACGCUUGGAAUUCGCCAAGAGUAAUACCAAAGUGAGCAAACCAAAACCACAGCCUAAUACAGCGACAACAGCUGCACAUCCCGCAUUGAUGCACCCACUUACUGGACAUCUAGGAGCUCCUUUUUUUCCUGGUGGACCUGAAUUGUGGCAUCAUCCGUUAGCAUAUUCAGCAGCAUCGGCUGAUUUGCCAGGAGCUGCUGCUUUACAACAUGCAACGUUAGUUCAUCCGGCACUGCAUCCACAAGUGCCCGCCCAAAUGCAAAUGACACAUCCUAAUGCAAUGCAUCCAGCAUCGAUGCAUAUUUCAGCAGGCUUACCGGCAGGUCAUUUUUUACCAAGCCCGGCCUUGGCUAGUCCAGGUGGAUCCACAGGUGGUUCACAGCCCCCCAAUCCGCCACUUGCAGCAAACGCACCAUGCUCGACACUGUUCGUAGCUAAUCUAGGACAAUUUGUGUCAGAACAUGAACUCAAAGAACUGUUUGCAAGUUUGCCUGGCUUUUGUCGCCUCCGAAUGCACACGAAAGGUCCGCACCCAGGUAGCAUUCCAGUAGCAUUUGUUGAAUUCAAAAAUGCAGCAUGUGCUGGUUCAGCAAUGGUUAAUCUACAAGGUAGAUAUCUGAUAUCAUCUGAUCGUGGUUCCAUACGCAUUGAAUAUGCCAAAUCGAAAAUGGCUGCCGAUGCAGUCGCUGCUGCUGCCGCAACUGGCAAUCACCAUGUCAUUUGGAGAGAAGGGAGCGGGUAUGGAGCCAAGGUCGGAACACCUGAAGAAGAAUGAACUUGAUUUGAAUCAAUAUUUGAUGGCAACUACUUGACCCAAUUAUAGCGGAAUGUACACCAUUACUGUUCCACAUUUACGGGCAUAAAAAUUUUAAUUUUUUCGUUUCGUUUCAAAACAUUUCACAUCACGUACGUCUGAAUAAUGUACGGAUGUUACAUAAAUUGGAUGAAAUGAAGGGAUAUUUUAAAAGAAAUGAAGAGAAAUAGUAACAGAAAUAUGGAAAUAGGAUGCAUCGUACUGCAGAACGGCAUUGAAAAUCAUCUGUAAAACCAAAACUUUAUCGAUAAAUGAAAAUGGGAGAGUAAAUUUUGCAUGGAGCAAAAUUAUCUAUUUAAUGCAAAACAAUUUGCUAUAAAACAAUCAAUUUAACAAACAAGGAUAA